AUGUGUGGGAUCUGCUGUGUGGUCAGUUUGACCACACCGCAUGAUGCACUAGAGGAGUGUGUGUAUGAAAAUCUCAAAUACAGAGGGCCCAACUGUAGCCGGGACAUUACAAUAACAAUCUCAGACUGCAGUCUCCUUUUCUCUGCACAUGUGCUUCAUAUGAGGGGUUGCUUGACACCUCAGCCUCUUCAAGAUGACAACGGGAACAUGCUUCUCUGGAAUGGAGAGGUAUUUGGUGGUCUGAGAGUAGAGCAGGAAGAUAAUGACACCAAAGUUGUUCUCCAUCACCUGUCAAUGGCGCAGAGCGCCUCAGAUGUGAUAUUUUUAUUGUCACAACUCAAAGGACCCUGGGCCUUUAUCUAUUACCAAAAAGCAGAGCACUGUAUCUGGUUCGGGAGGGACUUUUUUGGAAGAAGAAGUCUGCUUUGGAAAUUUGAUCCUGAAAGAGCAUCUUUCACACUCGCAUCUGUUGCUUCCCAGCCAGCAGAUGAAACUCAAUCUCAGUGGCAGGAAGUACCACCUAGUGGAGUUUACAGGUUUGACCUAACGGAUUCUUCAUCCCUAGGGACAUUUGUUUUUGAUCUUUAUCCAUGGGUUUUCCACAAUGGCAAUGAGCCAAAUGAAAGCUCGGAAUUUAAAUGUGAAAGUCUACCUAGAUCUGUCUCUAUAAACACAAAUAGUUCUGGACUUUACCUGUCCUGCCCUGUCUGUCCAAUGAAUGCAUCAAUUUCAUCACUUACAACUGAACAAGAUCAGAAUGCCUCUCAAACCUCUGUUGCAAGUCUGAAAGAAUUACUAACAAACACUCAAAAGAAAGCGAUGGUUAGCAUGCUCAUUGAUGUUCUAAGCGAGGCUGUCCGUAAGAGAGUUUGUUACCUACCUGCUCAAUAUGAAUUGGCGGUUCCUUUAAAUUAUACAAAAGCUGGUAUUGCCAUUCUUUUCUCUGGGGGAAUUGAUUCAAUGAUAUUAGCUGCCCUUGCUGAUAGGCAUAUUCCUGCAGACAAACCCAUUGACCUACUCAAUGUUGCUUUCAAAAUCCAAGAGGCAAAAGUGCCUCCCAAGUCUUUGAAGAAAGGGAAAAAUAAGAAGAAAGACUGUGAUGCUGAUAAAACUCAAUCGGAUCAGCAGAGCUUUAACUGCUUUGAUGUGCCAGACAGAAUAACUGGAAGAGAUGGUGUGCAAGAACUAAAAAAUCUCAGUCCAAACCGCCAGUGGAACUUUAUCGAAAUUAAUGUAACUCAAGAGGAGCUUCAAGAAAUGCGACAGAAACGCAUCCGUCAUUUGGUUCACCCUUUAGACACUGUUCUGGAUGAUAGCCUUGGAUGUGCCGUCUGGUUUGCUGCCAGAGGAACUGGCAUCAUAAAUGAGGGUGUUGAAGAAGAGCUUUAUAGUUCAGAGGCAAAGGUGAUUUUGACUGGCAUCGGAGCAGAUGAACAGCUGGCGGGAUACUCCAGACACAGAGUGCGGUAUAAGAGCUCUGGACUGGAAGGACUCGUCAAAGAGCUGGCUAUGGAGCUGGGACGAAUAUCCUCGAGAAAUCUGGGAAGGGAUGACCGAAUCAUUGGGGACCAUGGAAAAGAGGCCAGAUUUCCAUACUUGGACGAAGAUGUAGUCAGUUUCCUUAAUGGACUACCGGUGGCAGAGAAAGCUGACUUGUCUCUACCCAGAGGAGUUGGAGAAAAGCUGUUAUUGAGGCUAGCAGCUGUCGAGUUAGGAUUGGCACUCUCUGCUCUCUUACCUAAGAGAGCCAUGCAGUUUGGCUCUAGAAUUGCCAAGUUAGAGAAUAGCCAUGAAAAGGCCUCAGAUAAGUGCAAAAGGCUGGUCGCCACCUGAUUUAAUACUCUAUUGUCCCUUCUAAUUUAACAAGAUUGUGACAAUAAUUCACUCAAAAAUGGUACUGAUACAGGUUUAUUCUGAAUGUAGUUUUCAUGUUUGAUUGUCAUUACAUUUUUGAACUACAUUAAAUAAACAGUUGGAUUGUGAA